UUUGUUUUGACGGCGUCCGCCUCACAUCGAAAUGAGGUCGCUGACUAUUACGUUAUGGGUGGCAGUAGCCAUCGCAGUUGCCGUUGCGGUACCCGUCAAGGAAACUGAUGCUGAAGUAUCACGAGAAAAAAGAUCACCAUUCGGAUGGCAUUCCGAACCCGAGGGUGUGUGGGAGAAGAAACUUAUAUGGCGCGAAGACUGGAAAAAGACGUGGAAGAAGGAAGCUAAGGUUGAAUGGAAGAUUGAACACGUGAAGGAGAAAAUACCAGCUUGGAAAACGGAAAAGGUCCAACAAUGGCGAGAAGAACAAGUGCCGGCUUGGAAAAUUCAGAAAAAACCUAUUAUUAAGGAAAUUCAAGUGCCCAUUACUAAAGAGAUUAAAGUUCCGGAUUGGAAAAAGGUUUAUAAACCAAUUUGGCGUGAGAUCCAAGUUCCCGUGACAAAAACUAUCCAAGUUCCGGAAUGGAAGCAGAAUUACGUACCUGAAUGGGUCAAAGAGGGCGUGCCCGGAGAGAAAUAUUUAGGCAAGGAUCACCAUGGCUGGGAAUACACUAGCCACGAUCUUUGGAGGAAGAAGUUAGUGUGGCGCCCCGUUUGGAAGAAAGUACAUAAAACCGUGCAGAAACAGGAAUGGGUAAAUGAGAAGAAGCUUGAGUGGAAGGAAGAGUGGCAACAGAUAUGGCGUAAAGAACACAAAACGGAAUGGGUAACACAGAAGAAGGAAGAAUGGAUUGAGGAGAAGGUUCAAGUGUGGAAAACAGUAAAGAAAGAAGUUUGGGUUCCAGUAAAGAAGCAGGUGUGGUUGGAAAAAACUAAAGAGGUCAAAGUCCCCGUGACACACUACGUUGACGUUCCCGUAUACAAGAAAGUUUGGAUACCCGUGUGGAAAAAAGUGUGGGUCCCACAUGAACAUCACGAUCACCAUGAACACCAUGGAUGGGAUUAAAAUUAGGUAGGAGCCAUAUAUUGUACAUAUAGAUACCAAACAUAGUCAUUUGUUAACUAAUUGUUACCAAUAAAUCCAAGGAGCGCAUGUGCGGCGUACGCAAACGCGAAUGCACAUGAUUACUAAAUCAAAAUAGCCUACAUAAAAAUCGCCUUUUAUGGUGACCCAUAAUAUUGUAAUUUACAACGAGAAACGCGAAGUUUAAAAAUUUGCGAAAUUUUGGCUGCGAAUUUUUUUCUUUUCAUUUGCGUGCGCCCCUUUGAUUUAACCAAAGCGCAAAUUGUAUAAAAGAUAUAUACAGAAAAUUGUAUGGCCUGUUUUAAUUUAACGUAAAUCAAUAUUUCCGAAACGGUUUAUGUGCACAUUUUCUGUGUGUGUCCUAAAUAAUCUCAGAUACGGAAGCUAAAGUUUUGGAUAUUCGACAUUUGUCGAUCCGAUUAUAAUAUUUUUAAUAUUUUUAUAGGUAUAUUUAGUUUUUAUUGUACAGUUUGUGCUCUUUUUUGUAACGUAAUAGAGAUUAUAAAAAUUUCGUUCUUCAUGUUUUAGUUUUAUAAAUUCUAGAGUCGAAUAUUUCUAUAAAUAAAACAAAUCAUCGUAAUGAUUAAAGCUAACACAUGAAGGACU